AUGCUUGAUGUGUUUAGAGAAUUAAAUAAUUAUACUAACUUUUUACCGAAAAAUAUCAAGGCAAAUGUAAAUAAAGAAAAAUAUGAAAUACUUAGUGAAAUAAAAAGAAUAGUAUUUUUAAAAAAAAGAAAUUCCUAUAAUGUUGCAUCAGUCAUAAAACUAUUUAAUACAUAUGAGGUAAUAAAUACGAAAAAGUACAAGUCGUUUCAUUUUUACAUUUUUAUGAUUCGAUAUUUAUGGAAUUCAUUACAAAAUAAAAGUAUCAGCCCAAAUUUGAAAUGUUAUAUUUGUCAAUGUAUUUCUAGUAUAUUUAAGAAUAUUAAAAAGUAUAUUUUGUAUGAUUUCUUUUUUGAAUAUGAUAGAAAAUUAAUUUUGAAAGAAGAGAAUGGAAAAAAUGAAAAUGUAGCUAAAUGUGUGGAAUCUCAUUUUGACAAAGGUAUGAAAAGUGAUUGUACUAAUAAUUCGUAUGCUUAUAUGAGUGAUAAUUAUUAUGAUGAAUAUCAAAAUUUACAUGAAGGGAGUGAAUUAGACAGUAGUAUUAAUGAUAACAAGCUUAAUAUAUUUAAUGAUGUGUAUGUUACUUGUAAUGGAAUAUAUGAAAAAAAUAAAAAAAAAGAAGAUGAAACAUUUUUAAAUGAAGAGGUUAUAAUUAAUGGGAAAGAUGAAAGUUUUCGUUUAUAUAUUCAGAAAUGUAUAUUCAAUAUUAUUGAUUAUAAAUAUUUAUUCAAUUUACUUUAUGAAUACUUAAGUAAUAAUAACAAUAAUUAUAUUAAUAAUAAUAAUAAUAAUAAUAAUAAUAAUAAACAUGAUGAAUAUAGUCAUAAUGCUUAUAAAAGUUAUAUGGGUGCUAUACUAAACCUUUUAAACCAUAUAAAAUAUUUUUGUUAUUACAAUAUUGAUGUACAUAAUUUAUUAGUAGAAUUUGCUUUAAAUAAUGAUUAUUCAUAUUUAUAUGAAGAAUAUGUAGAUAGUAACGAUAAAGAAGGUUUAUUUUCUGAAGAAGAUUAUUUUGAUAAGAAUAAUGUUAUUUUUUUAAUAAAUAGAAAAUUAAAUGAAAGAAAAAAUAUACAUAAUAAUAAUGAUGAUUAUAAUACAAAUUGUGAUGAAGAAUAUAUUAAGGCUGAUAAUAUAAUAAAUAUUAAUAAAGAUGGACAAAAUGAUUCUUGUGAUAUGUUAGAAAAAAAUACAAAUGUAAAAAAUAUUGAUAAUAUUACGAAUGAAUAUGAUAAUACAUUAAUGGAAAAAAGACAUGUGCAGAAUAACUAUUUAAAUAUAGACAAAUCAGUAUGUGAUAUAAAAGAUUUAGAAGUAUGUACAAGAUAUAAUACCAUAUUUUUAAAUUAUGUUUUGUUGAGUCAGUUAAGUUCUCAUGAUUUGUGUUAUAAAUUAAUUAAAUAUAAAAAGGUACUUUAUCUUUAUAAAAAAAUAAGACGAUUUAAUUGGAAUUGUAUUAAUUAUGCAUUUGUUAAUAUUAUAUAUAAAGGUUUAAAAUAUGCAUAUAUAUAUAAUUUAAAUAUUGAAAAUGAAAUGCAAGAAAUUCUUCAUGUAAUUUACUUUCUAUUUUUAUUUUAUAUAAAAUUACCAAGUAAUGUGCAGCUAAAUUCAUCUAAAUAUUUUAUACCAGAAGAUUACAAUUUGUUAGUCAAUGAUAACGAAAGUGUAGUCAAAGUUAUUUCGAAAAUUUUUGUUUUCUUGUUAAACAAGAAAUAUAAGAAAGGAAAUCAUAAUCCAUCUAAUAAAAACGAAAAUGAUCCCCAAGAAUUAUUAUAUAAAUUUCUUUCCACCAUGAAUGAGAAAAAUUUUACCAUGACAGAAAUGAACACAAAUAAUAGCAACACAAAUUUUAUGUAUAAUAAUACAAAUGGUAAUAAUAAUAAUGACAAUAAAAAUGACAAUAAUAAUGACAAUAAUAAUGACAAUAAUAAUGACAAUAAUAAUGACAAUAAUAAUGACAAUAAUAAUGACAACAAUAAUGACAAUAGUUGUGAUAAUUCUCUUCGGGAGAAUUUUUUCCCCAUAUUUACAAACAUUGAUACAUACGAAUAUCUAAAUAUUAUUACCUCAUUAUUUAUGCCACAUAUUCAUCCAUCCAAUAUAGGAAAACAUAUCGGGAAUAUCAAUUUAUUUAUUAAUUCCUUCUUAUAUUGUUUUAUUAGAAAAAUGAAAAGGGAAGAAAUUUAUUUAAAACGAAAGAAUAAAAAAACUGAAUUUUGUAAAAAAAUGGAAAAUAACAAAAUAAAUGGAACUUCACAUCUUGAUAAUACUAAUACAAAUAAUGAAUAUUUAGAACAAAAAUAUAUGAAUGAUUAUGUUAAUAAUUUUUUUAUUAUGGAAGAUGAUAAAAAGUUUGUAAUAGAGAAAUUUAUGGCCUUAGCUGUUCAAGGGAUGUUUCCAAAAAGUAAUAAAGGAAUUAGUUUAUUUGAAAAUAUUUUAAAACAUUUAUGUAUUAUUGAUAUAAAUUGUUUAGAUAUAUUUGUUAAGAAGAUAAUGGAUUGUUUAAUGAACGUUAAUAUUUCAACACAAAUAUGUAAUUGUCUAUUAUCUUUAUGUUUGUUAUUACCAUUAUUAAUAAAAUAUAAAUCAAAAUAUUUAAAAGAUAUCUUAUAUGUUAUGAAUAUGGGUAUAGAUAUAUGUGAUGUCUAUAAAAGUUUUACAAUUUUCUCUUUUCUGAGUAUUUUAUUUUCAUACAUAUCUAUUGUAAAAUUAGAUACUUGUACAAAUGAUGAUUAUACUUUAGCUAUUGAUGAAUAUAAAAAAAUGAUAUCUUUAUUUAGUGAGGAUAAUAAAAAAAUGUUGAAUAAGGAAGAUAUAAAAAAAUUAUUAAUAGAAAGAAAAGAAUUGAUUGAUUAUAUGUGUUAUUGGGUAUAUGAAUUUUUUGAUAAAAUUCUAUAUUUCAUUAAGUUUUCCAAGAGUCAAAAAAGUAAAGAUAGUAAAAAACAAAAUGGAGAUAAUAAAGACAAUAAAAUAGAAAAUGAUUUAUAUACAGGAUUAAAGACAACAAUAAUCUCUUUGUUUAUUCAUUUAGAUCAUAAAAUAGUAUAUGAUUUAAGUCAAAGAUUUCUAAAUAAUAUUGAAUUAGAAAAUUCCAAAUUUUUAUCCAUUAUACCAUAUGCUAUAAGUUUAGUAGAUAAUAAAAAAAUAUUUGAUCUUUUGUUUAAUGCCUUUUAUAAAAAAUUGAUAAUAAAAAAGAAAAAGAAAAGAAUAAUUAUAUUAUCCAGUGCAAAUAAUAAUAUGAAUAACAUGAAUAAUGAAACAUCAAAAUGUCAACAAACAUCUUUAGAAUCUCAACAAAUAGAAGAAUAUUAUGUUUAUACGAAAAAUGAAUAUGCAAAUGAUGAUACUGUAAAAUGUUAUUUACAGUUUUUGUCAAGUUUAAUGAGAAGAGCAAAAAAUGAAUUUCUCAAUGUAGAAGAUAUAUAUCAAUUAAUUAAAAUAUAUAUAGUGGAAGAUAAUAUUUCUGUGUUCAAAUAUAUAUGUAAAAUUAUAUAUAGAUUUUUAGAAUAUAAUUUUAGUGUAACAAUAAUGGAUUAUUCAUGUUUUCCAAUAAAUGAAAAAAUGAGUAAUAAGGAAAAAUUAUGUACAGCAGCAUAUUGGGGAAUACCGUGGCAUGUCAUAGUAUAUUAUGAGAAUAUCAUGAAUCAUACAAACGUUUCUCCAAAUCGAAUAAAUCAUACAAAUGUUUUAUCAAAUCGAAUAAAUCAUACAAAUGUUUUAUCAAAUCAAAUAAAUGAUACUAAUGUUUCGCCAAAUCGAAUAAAUCAUACAAAUGUUUUAUCAAAUCAAAUAAAUGAUACAAAUGUUACACCAAAUCAAAUAAAUGAUACAAGUGUUUCGCCACACAAAUCAAAUGAUACUAACGUUUCUCCAAAUCAAAUAAAUGAUACUAAUGUUUCUCCAAAUCAAAUAAAUGAUACAACUGUUUCGCCACACAAAUCAAGUGAUACUAACGUUUCUCCAAAUCAAAUAAAUGAUACAACUGUUUCGCCACACAAAUCAAAUGAUACAAACGAAUUAAUAAAAUGGAAAACACCAUUAUUAGAAGAUGUAAAGGUAGGCAAAAAGUUUAUUUUUUUUCUUUUGGAUUAUUUAAUAGACUUACUAAUUCAAUGUGAUAUUCCAAUUAAUACACCUAAUAUUUUAAGGUAUAUUGAAAAAAGAAAGUUAGAUGAAAAUAGGAGGAAAAUAGAAUGGAAAUUUUCCUUAACAUAUGCUAAUGUUAUAUCAAGAAUAUAUAAAGUUAUAAAAUGUAUAAUUAAACCAACUAGUUUUCUAUAUCCAGAUGAAAGAUAUAAUUAUAAUAAUUUAUUAACCAAAUGUCAUGUUAUUAAUUCGAAAUUAUCUUUCGUUUUAUAUGUAUAUAUAUCAGAAAUUGUUAUUACCUUAUCUUUACACGUGUUAAAAGUACCUGCAAAUAUUUUAGAUAUGUCCACAUUUAUUCGUGCAUGUAAUGAUAAUGAAGAAAAGACUGAGAACAGUUCAAAUGAAAAAAUAGUCCAAAAUAUGGAUAAUAAAAGUGAACUCAAAAAAUUAAAAGAAGAAUUUUAUAAUAUAGUUAUAAAAAAUAGAGAAAAAGAUAUAAAAGCUGAUGCAAAAGUUCAAAGGAAAAUGAUUAAAAACAUACAUUUCUUAUUAUUAAAAUGUAAUGAAAAUGCAAACUCAAGUUUAUAUAAUGAAUAUAUUAAUAGUGUGUUAUCAUUUACAUAUAAUAUUUAUCCUUAUAGUUAUAAUUAUGAUAUAAUAAAAAGUCAAUAUAUUAAUAAUAUAUUUUAUUUAUUUAAUGAAAGAUUAAAACAAAGAAAAAAAAAUUAUGCUUUCCGUGGAUUUAGAAAACAAUUAUGUAAUAUUUUAUUCUAUAUUAAUUUAUCUAUUUAUUCUCAAGUGCGAUCUUAUGCUCAAAAUACAAUUAAAUUAAUUUUGCCAUCUUUUAAAAUGAUUAAGGUUUCCUUUUUAAAAACAUGUGCCUUUUAUUUGAAAAAUUACAUUAAGUUGUAUUUGCUUUCCAAGGGGGAUAUCUUACGAAAGAAGAAAACAUUGGAUGAUUCAAAUGAUGGAGAAUUAAAAGAACAAAACAUGAAAAGGGAUGUAAUAAAUAAGGAAAAUAUAUCUAUAGAGAAAAAUGAUGAGGAGGAAAGCGCUAUUCAAAACACAUCGGAACACAUUAACAAUACUGAAUUUGUAAAAGAAAGUAAUAUAUCCAAUGAAUAUGAUAAUAAUAUUAAUAAUGCAUCUAUUAAUAAGUGGAGUAGCUUAAAAAGUUUAAAUGAUUUAAAUAAUAAUGAUUAUUUUGAAAAUAAAUGUAUUAGCUCAUUUAAUGGAAUAAUAGUAAGUAUUUUAAACAAUAUGGGGUUAAUAAAAAAAAUUAGUACUGAUGUGUAUUUAUUGAAAAAGUUUCUUAAAGUUAUUAUUAGAAUUUUAAGAUUAGAUAUACAGAAAGAAGAUAUAACUAUGAAAUGUAUGAAAUUAGUUUAUUCCAUUAUUAAUAAUAGAUUUAUUAAAAAGAGUGUAGAAGAAAAGAGAAAAAAGAAAAAAAUAAAUAAACUUUUUUUAUGUUUAAAGGAAGAAAGUGAAAAAAAGAAUAAUGUAUAUUCACAAAUUGUUAUUAUGUCAUUUUUAAUUUGUUUUAAUUAUUUUGUAGUAGAGAAUCAUUGUGAAUUUUAUUUUAAUUAUUUAGUAGAAAAUUUGUCUAUCAAAAAAAAUGUUCAUGUAUAUAAUUUAGCAUUUUGUGGAUUUAUUAAAAUGUUGAAAUAUUUAAAUGAUUUUCAUUUGAAAGGUGUUAUGCCAAAACAUAUAGCACUCACAUUUGAAACAGAUAAAAUUUAUAAAAAUUUUAUUGAUAUAUGUAUAUAUAAAAAUUUAAAAAACAAGAAGAAAAACAACAGUAUGAAUGCAAUAAUAAUUAAUUUGUCCAAAAUUCAAAAGCCAUUCAAAGGUUUUACACAAAUAAGUGAAACUUAUCUAAAAGAUUUCUAUUCUUAUUAUGUCUUCUUUGAAUUUUUAGUUAAUAUACAAAAUACUUAUUUUGAAGAAAUGCAAGAGAAAGAGGCUCGUUUGCAUACAAUGGAAAACUUGAUGAGAGAUGAAAAUUAUAAUAAGGAUAUAACAGAAGAACAAACUAUAAAAGAAAAUGUAGAUGCACAUAUAGUUGAAUGUAUAAGUACACAUAAUGGAAAUGAUAAUGGGGAAUAUAUUUCCGAUCAUUUAAACAAACAUAAUUUAGAAGAAAAAGAAGGAAACCAUAUUUCUUGUAAUGAAAACAUGAUAAGUGAUAAAGCAAAUGAUUCGGGUGAUAAUAAUAAUAAUAAUAAUAAUAAUAAUGAGAAAGAACCAAGAAAUGAUAUUACCUAUAGUGAAAAUUUAAAUGUUAAAAAUUGUAAAUUGAAAUAUUUUGAAAUGGUACUUAUAAUAUUAAAAGAAUUACAAAUGGAUAUACAUUAUUCUGAUAAUGAAUAUAAGUGUGCAUUUAUAUCAAUAUUGUGCCCUUUACUUUUAUCGAUAAGAAAACUAAGAAAUAAAGAAGAAUCUGAAGAUAUAAUAAAAGUUAUAGUAAAUUUAUUAGAAAAAGAAAUUGCCAUAGUAAAUAUUGAAGUAUUUAAUGUUUGGAUAUAUUGUUUUCAUUUGUUAUUUAUUAAUAUAAAAAAGAAAUAUAUUCAUGUAUAUAAUAAGUUAUUUGAUUUCUGUUUAAGGUUUAAUGUUCAAGAUAUAUCUAAUGUAACAUUUAAGAAAAAAAUGCAAUUAUUAGAUAUUAUGCUUUUAUAUAGUCUUCAUAAAAAUGUUUACAUGUUGGAUAACAGCUUAAUGACUUUGGUAAAAUUAAUUGAAAAUGAUAACAUAUCAGUUAGACAAAUUAUAGGUGAUGUAUUUUGUUAUAUGUUAUAUGUCUUAUAUGAUAAUAAACAUUAUGAACAUUUGAAAUGUAUGUAUUAUAAUAUCUUAUUAUUUUUAUAUACAUCAGCUAACAAUGUUAUUACAUAUUUAGAGGAAAAUAGUAUAAGCUUAUCAAAACAGUCGAAAUAUAUAUAUAUAUUAGAAACAUGUGCAUAUUUAACACUUACAGCAUUUAAUAAUAAAUGUAUGUAUGUAUUUAACAACUUAAGUAUUAUAUUUUUAAAGAUGUUCAUGUUAUCAUUUCAGUUGGUUGAUGUGUUUAUUAAUGGAUUGGUUAGUAAAGCAAUCAAUUGCUUUUUAUGUCCAUCUUUAUAUUUAUUCAAAUUUGAUAUAAUAAAUAGUAGUAAUAAUAAUAUACAAAUAUAUGAUAUAAAUAAUAAUAAUGAUAAUAAUUUAAAGAAUGUGGGUUUCCCAGAGCAAGUGCAUAAUUUAAAUAUUUUAUUAGAAGAAGAUAUAGGAACCUUAGUUAUUAAAAAUAUAAGCAAUUUGAUUAACAAAUCUAAUUGGAAAAUAAGAAAUUGUGCCUUACAAUUUUGUUAUUAUUUUCAUUUGUAUUAUUGUAUUUUCUUUUAUAAUAAAAAAGAAAAUGCUUUUCUUUUAAAUAUGUUUAUAUCAUUAUUAGUUGAUAGUUAUAUUGAAAUUCAAAAUUUAUCACGUGAUAUUUUAUCAUCUGUAUUUUGUUAUUAUGAUAAUAAGACACUUCAAAUCUUUUCCAGUUAUUUUCUAUCCAUACUAAAUGAUCAUAAAAAUUUACAAAAACUACCUUCCAUAUCUAAAAAAACUUCAUUCAAAAUCAUAGACAAAAAAAAAACAGUUUCUAUUUAUGCACUUAUAAGUAUUGUUAAUUCUUUCCCAAAUUACAUACCCCCAUGGUUACCAAAUAUAUUAAUAAGUGUAGCAAAAUUGUCUAACAGUUCUUCACAUGUUAUAAAAAAAGAGAUAGAAAAGUGUAUUCAAAACUUUUUAAGAACACAUAAGGAUGAAUGGGAAUACAAAUAUAAACAAAUAUUUACAGAAGAACAGUUAAAUAUUUUGGACUUAUAUAAAGGAGAGCUAAAUUAUUUCACAUAA